AUGAUCACGCUCUACGGCCUUGGGUCUGAGAUGCCCGACGCUGUUCUCCCGCAAUCCGAAGCGGAGAGCGUCAUGGUAGUUGCCGUCAAAGAGCUUCUUCUCCUCAUGCAGCUGCUGCAAAUUUUACUUCCUGCCUAUCCAGGCAGCGAUUCCGAGAAUAUCACACCUUCGAACAUUUUCAGAGAGCGGGCGGCCUGCAAGUGGAUCGGCGGCCUUUUCGGAACACACAGCGCAGAGUUCGCAGACUUAGUACCCAAGCUUGGCGACGAUGAGCUCAAGACAUUUGGAUUAUUCAUCGUUCCGGUGGCAGCUGCUGUGGUUUGGAAGUGGAGGAGAUUGCAGCGGCGUUUGCGCGCUGCUACGAGACAGGAGGAAGCGGCUUUGAUUGCGAGGGUUUUCCGCGUUUGGGAUCGGGGAGAUGGCACCGGCGUGUGA